GCCGGAGGCGGGCGGUCCGGUCAGCCGGUGGAGCGAGCGAGCGAGCGAUCGGUCGGUCGAUCGGUCGAUCGAUCGAUCGAUCGGGCCGAGGCGCCGCCCGGGGGCCGGCAUGGCCAGCGACUUCUAUCUGCGCUACUACGUGGGCCACAAGGGCAAGUUCGGCCACGAGUUCCUGGAGUUCGAGUUCCGGCCGGACGGGAAGUUGAGAUACGCCAACAACAGUAAUUACAAAAAUGAUGUCAUGAUCAGGAAAGAGGCCUACGUACACAAGAGCGUGAUGGAGGAACUGAAGAGAAUAAUCGACGAUAGCGAAAUCACAAAGGAAGACGACGCUCUGUGGCCUCCCCCGGACAGAGUCGGCCGGCAGGAACUGGAGAUCGUCAUCGGCGAUGAACACAUUUCUUUCACCACGUCCAAAAUCGGCUCCCUUAUUGAUGUGAAUCAAUCCAAGGAUCCCGAAGGCUUACGGGUUUUCUACUACCUGGUUCAGGACCUGAAGUGUUUAGUGUUCAGUCUAAUCGGAUUACACUUCAAGAUUAAACCAAUUUAGGUUGUUGGCUUUGAAGCUGGGUGCGUGGGGCUUUUAUAUUUAUAUUUUUUUUUUACCACUCUGUACUUGUCUUUAAUAAAAAUGUGGAUUUCUGCGUUUCGAAUAUCAA